AUGCGAGUAUUCGGCUGUCAGACGUUUAUACUGACGCCUAAGGAGAAGCGACUCAAGUGGGAUCCCAAGGCUCGCGCUGGCAUAUUCGUGGGCUACGAAGAAGUGUCCAAGGCAUAUCGUGUAUUUGACAUUGAGGCGGGGCAGGUGGUUAUCAGCCGCGAUGUCAACUUCGACGAGUCCACCUUUGGACUUCAACUGCCGAUCACUGAUGAAGAUGUCGAUGACCUGGACUUCGAAUUGCUGGAUCUUGAUGACGAAGAGCUGCGUCAAAUGGAGUACAAGCAAACAGGCAAGCGCAAGAACCGACUCAAUGAUGAAGAUACAGCAGCUCCACGACCGCGUGCAGUGCGUCAACGACCUGGACUAGAAGAGUCAAGCGCGCCGGAAAACAACUCGUCACGACAAGAAGAAGACGAAGAAACGAAGGAUUCUGGUGAUUCAACACCGCCUGUGUUUUGGCGUGCGAGUGCAAAUGCCGUUGAAGCAGCAGUGGACUUAUCAGAACCCUCAACAUUUGAAGCAGCAGUAAGCGGCCCUGACCAAGUGCACUGGAGAAAAGCAAUUCAUGCAGAGCUCGAGUCAAUGCGACUUCGCGGUGUGUUUCGUGCAGCCAAGCUGCCCAACGGACAACGCGCCAUUGGCACAAAAUGGGUGUUCAAGAUCAAGCGCAAGGCGGAUGGAUCUAUCGAGAAGUACAAGGCACGUCUCGUGGCAAAGGGCUUUCGCCAAAAGUAUGGAAUCGACUACACGGAGACGUUUUCGCCCGUGGUCAAGUAUGUGACGCUGCGAAUGGUGAUCGCAAUUUCCAAGCAUUUUGGAUGGCCCAUCGACCAGCUUGAUGUGGUGACAGCUUUCCUGUAUGGCGUCAUGAAGGAACAAGUGUUCUGCGUGAUUCCUGAAGGCGUCGAACUUGACAUGUCAGGCUUCGACCCAUGUCUCUACAUCAAGACUUCGGACGGCCAUUGCGUGUUUAUACUGGUCUACGUGGACGACGUCUUGGUGACUGGAAGCUCGCUCGAGCUGAUUGCACAAACCAAGAACGACCUGAAGACGCGGUUCGAAAUGACGGACAGCGGCAAGUGUGCGUUUGUUCUUGGGAUCGAGCUUUUGGACGGUGAAGAUGGCAGUGUGACACUAUGUCAGCGUCGGUAUGUCGAUGAUAUCCUCAAGCGCUUUGGCAUGGAUGAUUGCAAGGCAGUCGCAAGUCCAGUCGACAUGAGCUCUCGACUUGUUUCAAGUGAUGCAACUACCAAGGUCGAUGCUCCUUUUCGCGAAGCUGUUGGUGCGUUGAUGCACCUGACCACUGCAACGCGUCCGGACAUUGCGUUUGCUGUGGGCUAUGUGUCGCGGUUCAUGGAAAAUCCCCAAGAAGAACACUGGGUUGCAGUUAAGCGUAUCUUUCGCUACCUACAAGGCACUAAGACGCAUGGAAUUUGCUACAAGCCAAGUGCAAGGAUCGACUUCCGUGGAUAUUCGGAUGCGGAUUGGGCUGGUGAUCUUACCGACCGCAAGUCAACAUCGGGGUACACGUUCAUGCUACUCGGUGCGCCAGUGAGUUGGGGCAGCAAGAAGCAGCCAAGUGUUUCGUUGUCCACGACUGAAGCUGAAUACAUCGCACUCAGCUUGGCGAUUCAAGAGGGCAAGUGGUUUUAUCGUCUGCUUUGUGAGAUCGUGAUGGCUGCUGUUGCACUGUAG